AUGAAGGCUGAACUUCAAGCUCUUGAAAGUAACAAAACAUGGCAGAUUGUCUCUCUUCCUCCAGGCCAACACACUAUAGGAAGCAAAUGGCUAUACAAGAUCAAAUACAAAGAAAAUGGAGCCAUUGAUCGAUAUAAAGCUCGUCUUGUGGCCAAAGGCUACUCCCAAAAGCACGGUAUCGAUUACUUUGACACCUUUGCUCCUGUUGCAAAAUUUAAUACUCUUAAAUUACUUCUUGCUGUGGCAGCCAUAAAAAAUUGGUCCUUAUGCCAUCUUGAUAUAAACAAUGCUUUUCUUCAUGGGGAUUUUAAAUGA